AUGGAUAAUGAUGACUUUCAUUCAACAACCUCAUCAUUUCGUACCAAUGAUGAUUUCAAUAAUUUAUCCACUCCAAUGAAUCCCAACAAUCAGAGAAAUACCAUCAAUAAUUUACCAGUGGUUACAUUGGGUGGACAGGAUGAAUCUUCUUUUAAUCAAUCAUCUAAUACUACACCAUCAUCAUCUAAUAAUAAUAUUGGAAACUCAUCCAAUCAACAAUCAAUAUUUUCAAGUUUUAGGCUUCGUAAUAAUAACAAUAAUUCAUCAUCAAAUAAUAACAAUAAUAAUCGUAAUAGUCGUAAUAUUCGUACUAAUAAUUCUUCUAAUUCUAACAAUAAUAAUGAGAAAGAUGUACAUAUUGAAGGAUUUUUACAAAAACAAGGUAAAAUUGUAAAGAGUUGGAAACGUAGAUAUUUUGUAUUUCAUGAUGAAUCUGAAUUAACCUAUUAUACCGAUGAAAAAAAGAAGAAAAAGAAGGGAUCACUAAAUAUUGAUAAAUCAAUUAUUGUUGAAUGUUUUAAUGAAUUUAAGAAUGAAUUUAAUAUAUUUAAAAUUGUAACAAAAAAGAGAGUAUUAUAUUUAAAGACUAAUAAUUCAGAUGAAAUGUUCAAGUGGAUUGAUAAAUUUAAAGAAGUGAAUCAAUCCAUUCAAUUUCUUGAUGUUCUCCCAACGAGUAAUGAAAUGACUGAAGCAUCAAGUGACGAUGAUGAUGAUGAUGAUCAGGAUGAUGAUCAAGAUGGUGGAGAUGAUCAGGAUGAUGAAGAUGAUCGUUUAACUGAUGAGAAUAUGAGUACCAUGUCUUCAAUUCCAGAUAUUUUAGAUGCAAGUUCUAAAAAUUAUAAUUCCAAUGCCAUUGUAAUGAAUAAUCGUCAAUCUGUUAGAAAUGGAAUGGACAUUGCACAACAAUUAUCAAGUCUAAUGAAAUAUAAUAGUAAUAAUAAUAAUGAAAAUAAUGAUGAUGAAGUUGAUAUGAAUGUUUUAAAGGAUGAACAAUUGGCCAGAGAGGAAUCUCAAUAUUUAGGUCAGAGACAAGUUUAUGAUCAUUACGAUGAUGAUGAUGAUGAAGAUGAAGUUAAAGUUGUUGUAAAAUCAACAAAGAAAUCAAUUAAUCAAUUACCAGGUAAAUCAAGUUCAUUCAGUGCUCUCUCAACAAGUACAACAAGAAAAAUGAAUUCAUUCUCCUCAUCUAAAAAAGAAGAAACCUCAGAACAAUCAUUGGUUAUUGAUGAUAUUACUUCAUUCUUUAUCAUGUCAACUGAAAAGAAUGAAAAUUCAAAUGUUAAUAAUAAUCAAGAUUUUGAACAACGAUCAAAUUCUAUCAAUUCAACUCAACGUAAAAAAAUUCAACUUUUAGCACCAAUUGAAAAGACAAAUCCAUUGGAUAAGGCAUUUCAAGAUUUACAUUCCAAUAAUAAUAAUAAUAGUAAUAAUCAAUCUCUAAUGAGUGAUAUUUCAAUGUUGGUAGUGAAACAAAACUUUCAAAGUUCAAUUAAGGAAAAGGCAUUUAAUGAAUAUUAUCAAUCCAUUUCACAAGAACAAUCCAUUCAUCCAAAUAAUCAUCAUUCAAAUCAUUCAAAUAUUAGAUCACAACAUUUAACAUCAUCUAAUAGUAUAUUUGGUGGUUGGUGGAGGUGGAGGUGGUGUUGGUGGAGGUGGAAUAGUAAUAGUAGUACAUCACUAUUAAAUAUUGAAAAUGAUAAUUCAGAUUCAGAAGAUUCUAAUGAAUUUGAUGAAAAUGAUUGGUUAAUGAGAAAAUCAGAACCAAUGUCAUCAUUAAUUGUUCAUCCUUCAUUUAAAGAAUAUUCACAUGGAAUAACUGAUAUUACAAAUAUAGUAAUGGAAGGAGUUAAAUUAACAUCAGAUUCAACAAUAGAAUAUAAUAGAAUGAUUGCACACAUUUUACAUCAACGUUAUCAAGAUGAAGAAACUUUUCAAAAAGGAAAAGGAAAUCCUGACAUUCCAAUCGAUACUAUUUUACAACAAUAUGUUCAAAUUAAUGGAAAUGGAAAUGAAUAA